CUGGGACCUCUGUGUAUUUUCUGAUUGAUACUCUUUGUUUUGCCUUCACCUCCUCUUUUGUGGGGGAACAGGUUAGCCCUCCCCCGGGUUCCUCUUGCUGCAACUUUCAUCUUCCCUGCAUCCAGGCUGUGAAGAUGGAAAGGGUCCAACCCCUGGACGAGAAUGUGGGAGAUGUGCCAAGGCUGAGAUUCGGGAGGAACAGUCUAUUGCUGGCGACCUCUGUGAUUCAGUGGCUGGGCUUGCUGUUGUGCCUAACCUACAUCUGCCUGCACUUUUAUGCUUCUGAGGUGCCACCUCAGUAUCCUCCAAUUCAAAGUAUCAGAGUACAAUUUACCAGGUGUGAGAACAAGAAAGGUUUCAUCCUCACAUCCCCAAACAACCAGGAAACCAUGAAGGUGCAAGACAACUCCAUCAUCAUCAGCUGUGAUGGGUUUUAUCUCAUCUCCUUGAAGGGCUACUUCUCCCAGGAGGUCAGCCUCACCCUUUUAUACCGGAAGGGCUGGGAGCCCCUCCUCUCCCUGACUAAAGUCAGGUCUAUCAACACUGUCACAGUGGCCUAUCUGGCUUUCAAAGACAAAGUAUACUUGAAUGUGAGCACUCAUAAUACCUCCUGUGAAGACAUCCAGGUGAAUGGUGGGGAACUGAUUCUCAUCCAUCAAAAUCCUGGUGAAUUCUGUGUCCAGUGAGGAUCUGAUGGCGGCACCUAGGCCAAGCACCAGCAUGAAGCCAAGCUGGGACUGGACAGGAGACUGAUCUUCCUUGUGAGUGGAGGAGAUGCCCCAGCCCAGCACCCCCAUGGCCACAUGAGAUGUGACCAGAAGCAGAUGACACCUUCUCCUCAGGGAUAUUUAAAACUUCUUUUGCAUAUCAAUUAACCUUAUUUAUCCUAAUAUCGUUUAAAUCACCUUGCCCUUCUCCCCAUGACUGCCUGGACCCCAUUAGGCACCUUUGUGGGAUUGAGGAAAUAAGUGCCUCUUCCUCAAAGCACAUUGUUUUCAUUGGUCAGGAAAUCAUCAUAAUCAACUCACUUCAUUGGAAAAGGCACUUGACGGCCAUUGACUGAAAUUCAAUAUUUGACCUUGUCAAAA